AUGUCACAAGAUUUUCACCUGUUGUUCUUCCCUGAGCUGCUUCAGCUACCUUUCCUCAGUUCCCAAGCCGCUCUAUGUGUCAUCCUCUUCGCUCUCUACUUCCUCUUCCGUCUCACGCCUGGUGGGCUUGCUUGGGCUUUCUCUAAGUCCUCUGCCCGCUCCAUUAUUCCCGGCCCAGUUACGGGCUUGCUAAGUGUUUUCAACGGUUCCACACCUCAUCGCGUUCUGGCCAAACUAGCCAGAACCCAUCACGCCGAGAAGCUCAUGGCUUUCUCUGUCGGUUCAACCCGGUUCGUCAUUUCUAGCGAACCGGAAACCGCCAAGGAAAUACUGGGUAGCACCAGUUUCGCGGAUAGACCUGUUAAGGAAUCGGCUUACGAGCUUCUCUUUCACAGAGCAAUGGGGUUCGCACCGUACGGAGAGUACUGGAGGAACCUCAGGAGGAUUUCUGCGCUUCAUUUGUUCUCUCCGAAGAGGAUUUCGGGGUUUGAAGGGUUUAGGCGCGAUGUGGGGUUGAAGAUGGUGGAGGAAGUGAAGAGGUUGAUGGUGGAACAAGGACACGUGGAGGUUAAGAAGGUGCUUCAUUUUGGGUCGUUGAAUAAUGUGAUGAUGACGGUGUUUGGCAAGUGUUAUGGGUUUUUUGAGGGCGAUGGGGUUGAGCUUGAAGGGUUGGUGAGUGAAGGGUAUGAGUUGUUAGGGGUGUUUAAUUGGAGUGAUCAUUUUCCUUUGCUUGGGUGGUUGGAUUUACAGGGUGUGAGGAGGAGGUGUAGGUGUUUGGUUGCAAAGGUUAAUGCUUUUGUUGGGGGGAUUAUUGAGGAGCACAGAACGAAGAGGGUGUCUGGUGAAUAUGUGAAGAACGAAGGCACUGGUGAUUUUGUUGAUGUUUUGCUUGACUUGGAGAAAGAUAACAAACUUAGUGAUGCUGAUAUGAUCGCUGUUCUUUGGGAAAUGAUUUUUCGAGGGACGGACACUGUGGCUAUAUUGUUGGAAUGGAUUUUGGCGAGGAUGGUGCUUCAUCCUGAUAUACAAGCAAAGGCGCAGAGAGAAAUAGACGGGGUUUGUGAUGGAGGGUCAAGGUCUGUUUCUGAUGCUGAUAUUCCUAACUUGCCUUAUUUGCAGUGCAUUGUGAAGGAGGCUCUGAGGGUGCACCCACCUGGUCCAUUGCUAUCAUGGGCUCGUUUAGCCGUGCACGAUGUUCAAGUGGGUGACAAGCAUGUUCCUGCAGGAACCACAGCGAUGGUGAACAUGUGGGCCAUCACUCACGAUGAGAAGGUGUGGGCUGAUCCAGAGGAGUUCAAGCCAGAGAGGUUCAUGGAGAAUGAUGUGAGCAUAAUGGGUUCUGAUUUGAGGUUGGCUCCUUUUGGGUCUGGGAGAAGGGUGUGUCCUGGGAAGGCUUUGGGUUUAGCUUCUGUUCAUCUCUGGCUUGCACAGUUGCUUCAAGGGUUUCAUUGGGUUCCCUCUGAUGAUGCCACUGUGGACUUGACUGAGUGCCUUAAGCUCUCCAUGGAGAUGAAAACCCCACUUGCUUGCAAGGCUGUUCCUAGGGUUGUUGCUUGA